AUGACAAUAUUUUACCUGGUUCUGUUUAGAGUGACGGGUUGCAAUCUCACUGAUCAGUGCUGUGAAAGUUUGUCUUCAUCUCUACAUUCAUCAAACUCACUGAGAGAGCUGGACCUGAGUAACAAUGACCUGCAGGAUUCAGGAGUGAAGCUGCUCUCUGAUGGACUGAAGAGUUCACACUGUCAACUCAACAUACUGAGGUUAUCUGGAUGUAUGGUGACAGAGGAAGGCUGCUGUUUUCUGGCUUCAGCUCUGAGUUCAAACCCCUCACACAUGAGAGAGCUGGAUCUGAGUUACAAUCACCCAGGACAAUCAUUAGUCAAACUGCUCUCUGAUCCAAACUACAGACUGGACAAUCUCAAUGUGGGUCAUCGAGGAGAGAUCAGGAUUACAACAGGACUAAAGAAAUAUGCAUGUGAUCUCACACUGGAUUUAAACACAGCACACACUCAACUCGCCCUGUCUGAGAUGAACAGAAGAGUGGAAUUUGUGAAAGAGAAGCAGCCGUAUCCUGAUCAUCCAGAGAGAUUUGAUAAGUGUUAUCAGGUUCUGUGUGAAGAGAGUCUGUCUGGACACUGUUACUGGGAGGCUGAAUGGAGUGGGAGGGCAGUUUAUGUAUCAGUGACAUAUAAAGGAAUCAGCAGGAAAGGAUGCAGUGAUGACUGUUGGUUUGGAUUCAAUGAAAAGUCUUGGAGUCUAAACUGGUUUAUUGACAGAUUCACUGUCAGUCACAGUAAUAAGAUUACAGAAAUAUCUGCCCCUUCAUGUCUCUCUAACAGAGUAGGAGGGUAUCUUGACUGGUCGGCCGGCCCUCUGUCCUUCUACAGUAUCUCUGCCACACACACACUCACACACUUACACACAUUCAGCACCACAUUCACUGAACCCCUCUAUGCUGGAUUUACAGUUUUUUAUGAUACUCCAGUGUCUCUGUGUGAGAUUAACCCUGAAAGACAGAGACAGACACCCAUAUACGAUCGCUCCAAUGCAGAUGCCUGGUGCAGUGAGGAGGAGUACAGCCUACAGAGUACAAAUCCUCAGCCAACUGGGCAGGAUUCCAACACCUGGAAAUUCACUCUUCUCUUUUCUACGGUGGCCAAGAAGUACUAA